AUGAGUGAAGACAAAGCAGACGCUCAAGUCGUUACUCCAGGAGGUCUUUGGACAGAUAGACAUCCAUCUUUCAACCGUACAUUAAAUUCUCUCUUCAGAAGAUCUUUCUUAGUAAAGAUCAGAGAUGCAGGUACAAUCGUUUCCGAAAUUAUUGCUACAGUUAUUAUCUGCAUCCUUAUUGUUUUCUGGCACGUCGCAGAAAACCCACAAGACGCUAUUACAAAAACAGAUCUUAUGACUUCAGAUGGACUUUUCGAUAAUGCCGUUGUACAAAUUCAGAAACUUGUUCAGCUUGGUAGAGGCGGUAACUUCGUUGCUGGUCCUAAAAAUUCUACUACACUUCAUCAGAUGCUUGCAGGUACAUGGGGUAAACAAUUGAUUCCAAUUCUUGAUUUGGGUAUGUACGCAAAAACAGGUGAUGUUAAUAAGAGUGCAAAAAGUUGGGUUAACAUUUCCGAAAACUUCACAUAUGUUGACAGCAUGGCAGAAAUCAAGGAUGACUUCGAUCACCACGAUACCUUCUCCAAUGCUAUCUGGUGGGAUAAUUAUGAUGAUCCAACAUUUUGGUCUAAUUUCACUGCUCACAUUUACGAAAACCAGAACUUGGUCAUGAUUUUCAACCGUAACGUCGAUGCAGUUGCAGCUUUCACAUUUUUAAUUGCUGGUAAAAUUAUAAAUAGCAUCAAUGGAUUUGUUAAUUUUAAGAUCAUGAGCUAUCCUGGUCUUCUACCAGAAGUACAGCGACAGCUUAUGUUACAACCUUAUGGCAACACAAGCUUCACAGUUCCAAACAUCUUUGCCAGUAAGAUGGAAAGACCAAAGGUUACAAACGAAAUGCCAAUUAACAUGGCUGUCGCUUUCUUCUCUGCUAUUCCAAUGGUUCUUGCUUCCAUGCCAGAUCUUUCCAUGGUCCUUAACGAUAAGGAAUCCCACAUGCUCACAUUCAUCUUCCUUAUGGGUGCCAGUGAAGCCGCUUACUGGAUUGUCAACAUUGUUUCAACAUUCGUUAUGUGCUUCAUCCCAUACUUAGUCAUGGAUAUCCUCUUCUCAGCUUGGCUCGCUAUGGCAGGUACAAACUUCUUGAUCUUGUUGAUCCUUUCUAUCCUCUUCAUCCUUUCAUACACACAGUUCCAGAACUUCUUCUCCACAUUCUUCACAAAGGCAGGAACUGGCCGUGUUCUCACAGUUAUCUUCCUUAUUCUCAUUCUUUUCUUCGGCUACCUUGAUGAAGUUUACACAUUAGAUGCUCCAAAGGGUGUUAAGCACGUUUUCUCUCUCAUCCCAUUCGUUUCAUACGAAUUAGCUAUGUCAGUCAUGUACGAAGAAGUCAGAAACAACAGACCAGCUAUCGGAUGGAGCGAUGUUAAGAGAAACAAUCUCAAGUACCCAAUUUGGUAUGCCUUCAUGUGGUUAUCCCUCGAUAUCGUCAUUUGGGGCUUACUCUUCUUACUCUUCAACGCUACAAAUGACAGAGGUUUCGGUUCUCCAAUCAUCAGAUGGCGCGACUUAUUCAAGUGCCAUCUCCAGGUUGCCCCAGAAAUCGAAUUAGAGAACAUCAGAGAUGAAGAUUCAAUCCUUAAGGUCGAGCACCUCGUCAAGAGAUACGGCAGCAAGACAGUCAACGCCGUCGAUGAUGUUUCCUUCGAUAUCAAGAAGGGCGAAAUCAUCGUCAUGAUCGGUCCAAACGGUGCUGGUAAGUCAUCAAUCUUGAAUGUCGUUUCCGGUGCUAUCCCAUCAACACAUGGUACACUCGCUUUAGGUGAUAAGGAUCCAUCUACAACAUUCUCUGGUAUUCAGAACUGCCUUGGUAUCGUUUUCCAGGAUAACGUUAUCUUCAGAUUACUUUCCAUCAGAGAACACCUUGAAAUCUUCGGCAGAAUCAGAGGUAUUGAUGAACAGACACUUCAGGAAUCUAUCGAUUUCUUCGCUGAUAACUUGCAGCUUAAGGAAAUGCUUCCAAACCGUGCUGGUGAUCUUUCUGGUGGUCAGAAGAGAAAGCUUUGCAUUGCUAUGGCUCUCCUUGGUAACCCACCAAUCAUCAUGAUGGAUGAACCAACUGCAGGUGUCGAUGUCCAGGCUAGACAGUUGAUUUGGAAGGCUAUCUCCAACCUUAAGAACUCUACUUGCAUCAUCACAACACACGCCUUAGAAGAAGCUGAAGCUGUUUCAUCUAGAAUGUUCGUCGUUUCUAGAGGUCAACUCAAGUACGCUGGUACAUCAACAGAAUUAAGAAACAACUUCAAGUGCGGUUACGUUCUCAAGGUUGACUCAGAAGCUGAAGCUAUGCCAAAUAUCUUAGAAGCUGUUAAGAAGUUCGUCCCAGAAGCUGCUAUGUUAGAAGAAAGAGAUGACUCUAUUACACUUCCAGUUUCUGGUGAAAUUCCAGAUCUCCUUUCUUACCUCGAUGAUAAUAAGGAGAAGCUCGGUAUAGAAGGUUAUUCAUUCUCUGUAGAACAAUUAGAAGAUGUUCUCAUGAGAAUUGUCGAAGCUAACUAA